GCUCACACGCCGCCUGGACCUUGUCCCUGGACCCUCUUAGGGUCCACCUUUGCUCCUUCCGGUCCCUUGGCUUCGGGCUCCAGGGGAGCAAUGUGCGGAGGGCGACGGGAGGUGGUGGUGGCCUCGCUGGCCCCCCUGCCUGCCUCCUCGUCGCUGUCCGCCGCCAGCCGGGUGUUAAGUGCAGCGGGGUCGCCAGGCCCCUUCCCCUGUCCAGAUGGAUCCCUCUGCCCUGAAACCCCGCGCGGAAACCACCGGCAAAGACAAAUGGCUUCCAGGAGAGAGAUGUCUCGCCCCUUCUCCAGAUAAUGAAAAACUCUGUGAAGCAAGCAUAAAAUCAAUUAUAGUGGAUGAGAAUGGGAAGUCAUUUGCAGUUGUCUUAUAUUCAGAUUUUCAAGAAAGGAAAAUACCUCUUAAAAGGCUCCAAGAAGUAAAAUCUGUUAACGAGUACCCCAGGAAUUUUAUAUUUGAUGAUGAAGAUUUGGAAAAACCCUAUUUCCCAGACCGAAAAUUUCCAUCACCUACCGUUGCUUUUAAGUUAUCUGAAGAAGGAGAUUCUAUUCCUUACACUAUUAAUAGAUAUUUGAGAGACUAUCAAAGGGAAGGAGCCCAGUUUCUCUAUGGACACUACAUCCAAGGAAGAGGGUGUAUUCUCGGUGAUGACAUGGGACUUGGAAAAACAGUACAGGUCAUUUCAUUUCUGGCUGCAGUUUUGCAUAAGAAGGGAACUCGUGAGGAUAUUGAAAAUAACAUGCCAGAGUUUUUACAAAGAAGUAUGAAAAAGGAACCAUCUUCUUCUACAGCAAAAAAGAUGUUUUUAAUAGUUGCUCCUCUUUCUGUCCUCUACAACUGGAAGGAUGAAUUGGAUACCUGGGGAUAUUUCAGAGUCACUAUUUUACAUGGUAACAAAAAAGACAAUGAACUGAUUCGCAUAAAGCAGAGAAAAUGUGAAAUUGCUCUAACAACUUACGAAACACUGCGCCUAUGUCUGGAUGAGCUUAACAGUUUGGAGUGGUCGGCUGUUAUCGUAGAUGAGGCUCAUAGAAUUAGGAACCCAAAGGCUAGAGUAACAGAAGUUAUGAAAUCUUUGAAAUGCAAUGUCCGCAUUGGCCUCACAGGAACCAUACUUCAGAACAACAUGAAAGAACUGUGGUGCAUUAUGGACUGGGCUGUGCCAGGACUUUUAGGUAGCAAGAUCUACUUCAAGAAGCAGUUUUCUGACCCAGUAGAACAUGGUCAGAGACACACAGCAACAAAAAGAGAACUAGCUACUGGCCGGAAGGCCAUGCAAAGGCUUGCAAAAAAGAUGUCUGGCUGGUUCCUUAGGCGUACCAAGACUCUUAUCAAGGAUCAGUUGCCUAAGAAAGAAGACCGGAUGGUGUAUUGUUCUCUGACAGACUUCCAGAAAGCAGUCUAUCAAACAGUGCUAGAAACAGAAGAUGUGUCUCUGAUACUUCAGUCUGCUAAACCGUGCACCUGCAGCAGUGGCCGCAAAAGGAGGAACUGUUGUUAUAAGACCAAUUCCCAUGGUGAGACUGUGAAGACCUUGUAUUUCAGUUACCUUUCAGUCCUUCAGAAGGUAGCUAACCACAUUGCACUCCUGCAGGCUUCUGGAGCCUCCAAACAACAGGAAACACUUAUCCAAAGAAUAUGUGAUCAAGUAUUUUCCAGAUUCCCAGAUUUUGUGCAGAAAAGCAGAGAAGCAGCCUUUGAAACACUUUCUGACCCUAAAUACAGUGGGAAAAUGAAGGUUCUUCAGCAGCUUUUAAAUCAUUUCAGGAAAAACAGAGAUAAAGUUCUGCUCUUCUCUUUUUCUACCAAGUUGCUCGACGUGCUGCAGCAGUACUGCAUGGCAUCCGGGCUCGAUUAUCGACGACUCGACGGAAGUACAAAAUCCGAGGACAGGCUCAAGAUCGUGAAAGAGUUCAACAGUACACAAGACAUUAACAUUUGCCUUGUUUCUACAAUGGCUGGUGGACUAGGCCUCAAUUUUGUUGGUGCCAAUGUUGUUGUAUUAUUUGAUCCUACUUGGAAUCCGGCCAAUGACCUUCAAGCCAUUGACAGAGCAUAUCGGAUUGGCCAAUGCAGAGAUGUCAAAGUGCUCAGGCUGAUAUCCUUGGGAACUGUGGAAGAGAUCAUGUAUUUACGACAAGUGUACAAGCAACAACUUCACUGCGUAGUGGUGGGAAGUGAAAAUGCCAAGCGGUAUUUCGAAGCGGUUCAAGGAUCAAAAGAGCAUCGAGGAGAGCUUUUUGGGAUCUAUAACCUGUUCAAACUGAGGACCCAAGGGUCUUGUCUAACAAGGGACAUCCUGGAGAGGGAAGGCCAAGUGGAAGCAGGGAUCAUGACAGCCACCACGUGGUUGAAAGAGGGACCCCCGGCGCACAAGGUAGAAGUGCCUGGAGAGCCUGACUGUCAGGAGCGGAGAGGUUCCGAACAGCCUGCAGAGCCGCUGGCAAAGGAGGCAUGUGAUCUUUUCAGCGACUUUAGUGAUGACGAAUCACUGAAUAAAGACUCGGGAAUUAAGACUGCCAGAAGCAAAGCAUCUGAGCCAAGCAAGGCUUCAGGCCCUCCAGGACAGCUCACCUUGCUCCAGUGUGGGUUUUCUAAACUCCUGGAGUCACAACAUAGAGCAGCUGAGGACUGGGAUGGAGCCUCGGGUGACGAAAGUUCUGACGAGCAGCCCACGUGCCUUUCCACAGUAGCUGAAGAUGUCAGGUGUCAGAAAAAUCAGGACUUCCAUGGUUCCUCCAAACUGAAAUUAGACAAUGUCUUAAAUCCAAAUGAAGAUGGUAUUUUUUAUCAAAAUGAGGAGAUUUUAGAACAGAACAUUUCUUCCGAGUCUGGUGAUGAGAAAAAAUUUAAAAAUACAGCUGAACAUCAUGGCACAGUACAGAAUGUCUCCGACUCAGAAGACAGUGAUGUCAUCUUUCCCACGCAAUAUACUGCUCAGAGGUUCCCUAAGCGUACUGCAAGGCUUGAGCCAUCAUUAAAAGGAUCCGAAGAUUCUGUAAGAGGAAACUCUGUAAAAAUAAGAAAUAAGGGUGAUGGUGAAGAGACUGCUGAGAGAGGAAAUAAAAGAAUUUCAACAAAAUUAAAUCCUGAAGGCAAAAUCCUAAAACCUGUUAUGAAAAGAAAAAGCACCAGCGAUAUUAGUGAUGAGUCUGAUGACAUUGAAAUGUCCUCCAACGCAAGAAGACGAAGAGCUACUAGUUCAUUGAGGUUUAAGAGAAAAAAGGAAAGCAAAAGGGAAUUUUGCAAUUUUUCUGAAACAAUGAGGAAAAAGAAGCAACUGCAUGCCACAGAUGAGGAUCAUAACUCUCAGCUUAUUGAUGAUUUUUCAUCCUCAGAUGACGAUCUCUCUGCCAACCAACAGAGAAAAGGCAAAAUCCAUUUCUCUUCAAAAAUGCUUUAUCAUCAUAAAAACAGCCCUGCCGUACCAAGAAAACAAGUGAAAUUUUCAAAUGAGAAAGUUGUUGAUCAAGAGCAGAUGUAUGAAUCAAUGGAUAAACUGUUAGAUGGUGUUCAAGAAGUGGCUUACGUUCACUCAAACCAGAAUGUGAUUGGAUCAAGCAAAGCUGAAAAUCAUAUGAGCCGAUGGGCGGCACGUGAUGUCUUUGAGUUGAAGCAGUUUUCUCAGCUUCCCGCUAACAUAGCUGUUUGCAGUUCAAAGACAUAUGAAGAAAAAGUGAAUCCAGAUAUACCAACACAUACAAAGGAAGGCCAACAACCAAGUGAAGGGGGCAUCUCAUCUCCUCUUUACAUUUCACACCCUGUAAGCCAGAAGAAGAAGAAAGUCUACCAUACAGGCCAGACUACCUUUAUAAUUGGAAAAACACCAAAAGGAAUCCGCAGAAAACAAUUUGAAGAAAUGGCCUCCUACUUUCAUUUUUCUACUAUAAAGGAAUUUGCUAAACAUAUAACAAAUGCCACAUCAGAAGAACGACAGAAAAUGCUGAGAGACUUUUAUGCUUCUCAGCACCCAGAAGUAAAAGAAUUUUUUGUGAAUUCUCCUUCCAAGUGUAUCAACUCUGCGUAUGAGGAAGGAGAAAGAGUCGGAAAUAAAUCUGAGCAAAAAGAAUCUCUUAGCAAAGCAAGGCUGUCGGGUUCUGAAACUCGGUCAUUGGAAGAAUCUACCAACAAAAUUUCUGAGAUUUACAACCCACCUAUGUGUAAAGGAAAAUCAAUGAAGUGUCAAAAUUAUUUUUCCUGUAGCGAAGAGUCACUUUCUGGUUGUGGGAAAACUAAGAAGUUACCUACUAGCUCUAGUCGAGAGAUUGGCAGUGGAGAAAAUGACCAGGCACCCAGUGAUACUGUAGCUUUCCAGUCGCUGAACAGCAAGUCUGAAGUGUAUGAGAGGAAUUUAGAAGAUACCCUGGAAGAUCAUUGGGCCCUCACCAGAACAGGUGUUUCAACAAAUGCACCCUUUUCCAAACUGGACAACAAAAAGACAAAAAAUCCAGCUUUAGAAAAUUCUUCUAUAGAAGGAUUACUUGGUGACACUUCUAUUCUUGAUGACCUCUUUCAAAGUCACAGGAAAAGUCCCACACAACUGCCAAAGAAGGUUCUGCCAGGACCCUCAGAAAAAGCAAAACAGAGACCAAAAGAUUUCUGGGACAUCUUGAAUGAGCAGAAUGAUGACAGUCUUAGUAAACUUACAGACUUGGCAGUGAUAGAGACCCUGUGUGAUAGAGCCCCCCUUGCCGCAUCCUCCAAAAAGAAAGAAGAGCUAGAAACUUCUCUUUGGAAAUCAAAUGAGAAAUUUUUGUGGAAAAAAUUUGACUCAGGUGAUACAGAUGAGAAUACAACUGCUACAGAGUGAUACGUAAAUAUGUAAUGAAUUCCACCAGCGAACUGCUGCCAUCGUCCACAGCACCAUAUUCCACACCAAUCAUGUUAUCUUGAACACCGCCAUCCACGUACAUUUUCAUUAAAUUCUUGCCUUAGGGUUUUUUUAAGUAUCAAAUGUUACCAUGGAUUGAUUGAUAUUUGAUUUGAUCUUUUAAAAACUAUGAUUGUAUUACAGUACAAACCUCUAUUAUGAAAUGGAAAAUAUUCUAGACUUGUUAUCAGGAGCCCUGGGGAACCUCCCUGACGGUGUCAUUGUGUGACCUUAGUAAGUCACUCGCUAUGUUUGUAGGAUGGAAAAUGAAGCUUGGCUCACUCUUCAGGUUCUAGUUAUCACAGGCCCAGUCACCCCGACUCCCAAACUAGGUGAACAUUGGCAUGCUUCUUUCUUACUAACAUUUAGAAAAUUACUAAGUAAUUUCCUUUUCCCUCAAUAUCAUGUUCUAUUAUUUUAGAUUAAAAUCAUAACUAGUAUUAAA